CUAAAAUUACUCGGCGAACGAAGUAUCGUUUUCGCGAACAGUAAGAAAGUUGUUAACGUAUUUUAAUAAUCUAUUUCAUACAAUAAACGAAUUGAAAUGGUUGAUAGAUGGUAUGAAAUCACCCAAGCCAUUAAAGACAAUCGACGUGAGUUAAUACUUUCGGGUGAAGAAGUAUCUAGAAAAAUUGCAGAGAAUGGACUUGAUAGUACACUUUUCGACAUAGACACUAUCAAUUAUUUAAAUAUCAGUAAUACCUGUCUUAAUCAUUUGCCAGAUGAACUAGGAAAUUUACAAAACAUUACAAAUCUUGUACUUCAUUCGAAUUUAAUUAAAAAUUUGCCGAAUACCAUUGGAAAUUUAAAAAAAUUAAAAGUUCUUGAUUGUUCACAAAAUGAACUUGAAGAAGUACCAUCAGAAUUGAGGGAUUUACCACAAUUAAUGACUCUAAACCUUAGAUCAAAUCAAUUUAGUUAUUUGCCACCGCAAAUUUCUAACGCCAAGCUGUGCUCUAUCGAUUUAUCAAAUAAUAAAUUUGAAGAAUUUCCAGAUAUCUGCUACGCUGAGUUAAUUCAUCUUGCCGAAGUUAGGUUGAAUAACAAUUUAAUUAAAGUAAUUCCAACAAAUAUAUCAGUUUUACCAUCAUUGAAGCUUUUGGAUUUGGGUGCUAAUCAGAUUUCAGUUAUACCAGGUGAAGUAGCAGACUGUACCAAAUUGAAAGAUUUAAAUCUAAAAGAUAACCCUCUGAAUGAUAAACGAUUAUUGAAAUUGGUCAAUCAAUGUCGUAUGAAACAAGUCCUAGACUAUGUGAGACAAAAUUGUAUCAAGAUUGGAAAUAUAUCAUCAAUUAAUAAUACAAAAUCAAAGAAAGGGAAAAAAAGUUCAAAGAAUCUUGAUAAUGAUAAUAUAGACUCAGAAUUAGAAUUAUGUGUUCAUAAAUUACGUAUUUUAAAAGUACCUGAUACAAAUUUUGUUAUAAAAAUUAUGGAAGAUGUAAAAAAAGUCCGACCAUUUAUUCUUGGAUGCGUUGUUAAGAAUUUGACAUUCACAGAACAGAGUUUUAAGAAAUUUAUCCAAUUACAAACAAGACUUCAUGAAAAUAUUUGUGAGAAACGAAAUGCAGCAACAUUAGCAACCCAUGAUUUUGAUUCAUUGCUCGAUGGAAACUUGAUAUACACAGCUCAAGCUCCGAAUGACAUUAAAAUUAAACCUCUUAUGCGCACAAAGGAAUUUACUGGUGCCGAACUUUUUCAACAAUUACAAACAGAGGCUGAAAAUUUGCGUAAAGAAAAGAAACGUAAUGUCUAUUCGGGCAUACAUAAAUAUUUGUAUCUUUUGGAAGGAAAGCCACUUUACGCAUGUUUAUUGGACUCCAGUAAUCAAGUUAUUUCUUUUCCUCCCAUAACAAAUAGUGAUAUUACAAAAAUGUCUAUUGAUACGAAAAAUAUGUUUGUUGAAGUAACAAGUGCUCUUAAUCAACAAAUUUGCAAGAAAGUAUUAGAUGAAUUUUUAAGAGAAUUAUUAAUUCAAGGACUUGGAUGUGAAAGCAACAGUGAAAAUAAAUUUAAUGAAUUAACCGUUGAACAAGUAAAAAUUGUUGACAUUGAAGGUAAUAUGAAAUCAGUGUAUCCAUCUAGAACCGAUGCAAUUUAUGAAGAUAAAAACCUAUUAGUAAUAAGGCAGUAAUUCAAUUAUAUUUAUAUAUUAAUGUAUAUCUAAGUGUACAAACAUA